ACUAGAACCAAUGAAGAUACUAAAGGGGAGAUUCCUCAAGGCUUUCCUGAAGAAGUGGAAGAAGAUGCGCCACGAGUUCUCAACCUCCACAAGUCGGUAUAAUAAGUUAGAGAGGUCUCUUCUGAAUAGUAAAGAGGAAGAGCAAACUACUAUUCCAAAAGACGUCCCCAAGGGUCACAUGGUAGUGUAUGUGGGAGAGGAGUGCAAGAGGUACGUUAUUAGGCUUUCCUACCUUGAGCACCCCUUGUUCCAGGAAUUGCUUGAUCGAGCUCGCGAUGAGUAUGAGUUCCAGCCCGAUUCCAGACUCUGCAUACCCUGUGGCAAGGAUGUCUUCCUUAAUGUUCUUCAGUGUGUUGAUCCUUCGCAGCAGUUCUGCGAGUGCUGCUAGCACUGGAAA